GCACCGCCGGGAGCGCGCAGCGCCGCGUCCCCAGCUAUGGCGGCGGCGGCCACCUCGCAGCGAGACCCGGGCGAUUGGCAGGACUUCUCGGGAUUCCAGCCCUCCGCGGGGAGCGGCCCCGAGGCUGCCUGCGACAAGGGCGGCUGGGGCGGCGGGGAUCUCGGGGCGAAGCUGUCCCUCUGCUUCGAGCCCCCGCAGGCCCGGGCUGGCGGCGGCGAGAGCCGCGUUCCGCUGCGGCCGCUCACGGAGCAGAGCGCGCUGCAGGACGAUGAGAUUUGGAAUGCCUUGACUGAUAAUUAUGGUAACGUGAUGCCAGUUGACUGGAAAUCUUCCCACACCAGAGCUUUGCACUUGCCAACACUGAAUCUUUCAGAAAAAGGGGUAAAUGACAACUUGAACCUUGACUUGUCAGAUGAUGAAGAGCUCAGAGAACAGUUGGAUAUGCAUUCUAUCAUUGUUUCCUGCAUCAAUGAAGAGCCACUCUUCACGGCAGAACAGGUGAUUGAAGAAAUAGAGGAAAUGAUGCAGGAAUCGCCUGAUCCAGAAGAUGAUGAAACACCCACCCAAUCAGAUAGGCUCUCUAUACUUUCCCAGGAAAUUCAGACCCUCAAGAGAUCCAGUACAAACAACAGCUAUGAAGAGAGAGUCAAAAGAUUGUCUGUUGCUGAAUUAAAUGAACUGCUAGAAGAAAUUGAGACUGCUAUUAAGGAUUAUUCUGAGGAACUGGUACAGCAGCUGGCUCUACGAGAUGAGCUGGAGUUUGAGAAGGAAGUGAAAAACAGCUUCAUUUCUGUCCUCAUUGAAGUACAGAACAAACAGCGAGAACACAAAGAAACAGCAAAGAAGAAAAAGAAGCUGAAAAAUGGUAGUCCUCAGAAUGGCAAACAAGAAAGAGGUCAUAUGCCUGGAACACGCUUCAGCAUGGAAGGGAUCUCAAAUGUCAUACAGAAUGGCUUCCGCCACACCUUUGGAAACUCAAGUGGAGAGAAACAGUACUUGACAACCGUCAUUCCUUAUGAGAAGAAAAAUGGACCCCCAUCUGUUGAAGACCUUCAAACAUUAACCAAAAUUCUGCAUGCCAUGAAAGAGGAUAGUGAGAAAGUGCCAAGCUUGUUAACAGACUAUAUUUUAAAGGUUCUGUGUCCUACAUGAAGAGGGCUGCCUUUCAGAAUUAGCCAUGCUCCUUUCUGUGAUGAGAAGCUUUCCUUGGAUAAAACUCAUAGUAUUUUUUCAUAUGGCACUAUACUUAAAGCAGUAUUCAUUUACCUCCUCUAUGUGUGUGGAUUUUCUGAUCCUACAGUAAGUCAUCUGGGCAUGACAACUCAUCCAGUUUAACUUAAUAGUGCAAUGAACUAGAGCAGGGAACAAACAUUGUACAGUUUUACUUGCAUUGUUCUGACUUUUUAAAGUCUAUUUUUUCAUUGUAUAGCAUGUAGUAAAUCCUCCUGCACAUUUUGUUGUUGGAAGGAAAGGUAAACUUUGAAUAGUGUAAAUAAAAAAAGCUUCAUUUUAAGGAAUCCAUAUUUAAAAUCACCCUUGAUUACUAAACAAAGAUGAAAACAUUAUCUUAGUCAGACUUGGAAUUUAAGAUUCAAGUGAGUUCUCCAGGACACUCCAGAAAGGUGAUUGUAAAAGUGAGCAAUCAACCCUGCUUUGUAUAUAACAGAUUUGUUCAUAGAUGAACAAAUCCAUAUUUCUUGGUUUGACAUAAGUAAUUGUGUGUUACUUGUUCUUGGUAUUAACACAAACAUCUGACUAAUGUAAUAUUUCAUGUUUGGUUUUAUUUUGACUAAUAAUGUUCAUGUGGCUUAGAUAUUCUCCCAUAUUGCUGCUAUAAUUUUACUGGUUUUAAAAAAUGUUUGAUCUUAAUGAAAAUGCUUCAAUAUAUAAAGAUUUUAAAAGGCAGUAUCUUUUUAAAAAUACAUUUACAGUUUGAAAAACUUGCACCUGGCUUCCAAGUUAGUAUUAUAUUGAGAUGUUUGUUGUUAUGUAUCUCUGAAUUUUACUACAAAUAUCUCUUGUAAAUUGUAUGCACUGUCUCCUCUGUGAUGAUGUACCUGCAUUCAAACAGAUGAGAAUGUACUUUAUAAAUCCUGUAAAAAAAAUGUUCCCCAUAUUCUCAACUUCAAAUACUUGUCACAAGUAAUUUUGCCAGUCUAAAAGGUGAGACUGAAAUGUAAGCAGUACCUAUGAAAAAAAACAAAAAUAAAACUAAAACACACUUUUUUCUAGGUUGAAUUCCUAUUGAUUCUUCAUCCAGAUGUAUAUACUGAAUAUCUGAAGGUGUUGGAAUAUGAGGUUCUAAAGAGAUAAUUAUGUGUUUUCUUCAGGUUUUUUCCAUCUAAAGUGUUUAGGGGUUUUGUUAGUUAAAGACAAAUUUUGUCCUGAGUACCUUGCAUCAUCUUUAAUGUUCAGCUUUAUCAUCAUCACUGAAUACUAUUUUGAUCAGUAAAACAACAUGGUUUGAAGAUAGUUUUUAAAAUGUAUUUCAGGGUGUUUUUUUCUCUCAAGGCCUCAAUAUUUUUGUCUUUUGUGCCUUUUUCAGCUUAAAAUUCUUUUUCUCCUCCCUCUCCCCCACUUGACCACCAAUGGAUACUUGCCAGCCUGCUCAGGAAUAAAUAGGUCCUCUCCAUAAGUGUGGCAUAUGUGAAGAAGUUUUUUUGUUGCUUUACUUUAAUUCAUUUGUGGUUUCUCUAAAAAGAAGGCAGCCAUUUAUUUCUGUAGCUGGUGUGUUAUAAAUUCAUUAUGGCAUGCUUUUUGUGUAGAAAUUCUUGGUGUUAACUGUUGAUGCCUACAAAUGGGCAAAGGGGAUGACCCUGCUUUAUUUUAAAAAAGGUGCACAUGUGAAACCCACAAUGUCUCUGUGUGAGAUUAUUCAGAGGUGCUUCAAUCUUCUGAUGAGGCUUGAAGUGACAAGAUGGAACAAAAUAAAACAACAACAAUUAAGAGAAGAGUAAAUAAGGGAAAUAAAAAAGGAAAACAACAAAAAAACUUCUGUCAAAGUUUAUGUUACUUGUAACAAAUCUUGGAUGACUUAAAGUUACAAACUACUAAAAGUAAUGAAACUGGAAAUAAAGACCAGAAACAGCUUUAGUGAGCUAAGCAUCUGCUUAGGAAUUUCAUGCCUCUCAUCAGACUAAGCAAGGUUUCAUUAUGAAAAGUACCUGUUUACCUUGUAUGCAUUAAACAACAGCUGCCAAAUGUGGCAAGUAUUAUAUGUAUACCUGUAUAUGUACAUAAACAGAUCUCAAAACAUUUGAAUAAAAAGAACUGUGC